AUGUUUAAAUCCGUAACAUCAUUAUUUUUCAAGACCACUAGUACACAAUCAACUGGUAUUACUGUUACUAAUACUAUCACAACAAAGAUUUCAGUGACGGAUUUUGCUUAUUUUGAUUCUUCCAAUGGGUUUGAACCUUUUACUAUGGAUGUAAAUCAUAAGAAUAGCCUUAGCAUUUCCAAAAAAUUAGAAAUAAAAACAAACGAUGACCCUUUCAUACCACCAUUAACGUUGGAAAGUCAACAACAAAAUUUACAAAAAUCGGGAUUGAUACACAAAAUCGUUCAACAUUCAUUAACGAAACACAUUUUAUCAAUUUCACCGAUAAAAGUAAAUUUCAACGAAAGCUUUCCAUUUUUACGAGUAAGACAUCAUUUGAAACGACAAAAUGAUGACUCAUCUAUUUAUACUUUCACAGAAGAAAGAUCAAACUUUUUGUUUCAUAAUCAAAGUAUGUCAAGUAUGUUAUUAACUGGCUUCAAUAACGUAGCUCCUACUUUAAUUACCAAUAUUAGUUCCAACACCAGUAAAGAACUUCUUUGUAAUAAUGAUGAAGAAACCAUUCAAGAGGCUUCAGAAAAUCCAGCAGAAAUGAAUGGAUCAAUAGAUAGUCCAGAAGUUAAAGAACCAAUGAUUUUAAUGAAUGCUCAGGAUAGUAAUCAGAGUGAAUUUAGAAAAAUGGCAGAGGAAAUAAUAAAAUUUGAAGAAAUUCGUGAUGAUAUCAAACUUUCUUUUAACGCAUUGACAGAAGACAAGGACACACUUCCAAAUGAAGGAUCUGGUAAUUUAAUUCGUGGUGAAAGUUCAGCAACAAUGGUGGUUAAUAAAAAACGAAAAAAUAUAUUCUUUGGAAGAUUUCACACAAUUCAUUCUUCUUCACCUAAUAACGAAACUUCUAAAUCUCAAGAAAAUGAUUUAAAUAAACCGGCUAAUCUAACAACGUCAAGAAGAAAGUUUAGCUUUAGAAAAUCAUUAAGACUUAAGACCAUUGCUACUGACGGUAUAAAAAAAUCAGACGAAGAUGAAUUUGAGAAUACUGAUACUCGUUAUAACUUGUUUAACAGUCUGAAGAGAAAAACAUUUAAUGGACGUUUAAAUAGUUCCUUAGAAGGUUUAAAGUUUAACCAACCACAAUAA